UUGUCACCUUCGCAAAAAGCAAUGGAGUCAGUGUUGAAGUUGCAUCAUGGUUCCAAACUCUGCAGACCCAUUUUCCAUUUUCCUUCUCAAGCCACCAUUUUUCUCCGCAGCCACCACAACUUUCUUCAUUCACCUUUUCCCAUAAUGAGGUGCCGUCCUCUUCAAGUUCAAGCUUGUACUCCUUCCUCUUCUCCUCCUCCUCCUCCUCCUCUCUUUCCACUGAGAAAUUCAGGUAAAAAGAGGGUGGAUGAGAGUAGGAUCUUGACUUUGGAAGAGAUCAGACACUCUUUAAUCAGGCAGGAGGAUAGCAUAAUAUUCAGUCUUUUGGAGAGAGCUCAAUACUCUUAUAAUGCAGGCACAUAUGAUAAUGAUGCAUUCCUCAUGGAUGAGUUUAAAGGGUCUUUGGUUGAGUACUUGGUCUGGCAAACAGAAAAGCUGCAUGCACAGGUUGGAAGAUACAUGAGUCCAGAUGAGCAUGCUUUCUUCCCUGCAUACCUACCUGAGCCAAUGCUUCCACCCUUGCAGUAUCCGCAGGUUCUGCAUCACUCUGCCGAUUCAAUCAAUAUAAACAAUAAGAUUUGGAAUAUGUAUUUUAAGGAUCUCCUCCCAAGAUUGGUAAAAGAAGGAGAUGAUGGAAACCUUGGAUCAGCAGCAGUUUGUGACACUCUUUGCUUGCAGGCUCUCUCAAAGAGAAUCCACUAUGGCAAAUUUGUUGCUGAGGCAAAGUUUCGAGAAGCUCCUUCUGUAUAUGAGGCUGCCAUUAAAGAGAAAGACAGGAAACGAUUGCUGGAGCUGUUGACAUAUGAAAGAGUGGAGGCAUCAGUCAAGAAGAGAGUAGAAAUGAAAGCAAGAGCAUAUGGCCAGGUGAUAAAGAUCAAUGAGACUGAUGAUGUAGCUGAUCCUGUAUACAAAAUCAAGCCAAGCUUGAUUGCAAAUCUGUAUGAAGAUUGGAUUAUGCCUCUCACUAAAGAAGUGCAAGUAGAAUACUUGCUGAGAAGGCUUGAUUAAGCAGAGAAUACUUGUUACAAACCAGUUCCCAGGAACUGGAAGUGUAGUUCUUCUUCUCAAGUGGAGGACAAUAAUCUGGGAUGUUUAUCCGUGUAUUUUCUAGACUAUCCUUAUGGCAUAGUUUAUAUAUUAAUAG